UGUGAGAUCCCGCGAGGGCAGUGCGCGUUUAUACGUCGCGACGAUCGUUUCAAUAAUUUUUUGUUUAUGUGUCCUGUACUUAUACAUUUUUUAGUUCUUUGUCUCUUUCGCAUAUCGAUCAACUUACUCUCACGGAGUGAGUUGUCUCGUCAACGUGACAUCCUUAAUCUAAACUCGUUUAUAAAAAGAAACAUUUUCAUUAAUAGAGUGAAAACAUAGGGAAAAUCAUCAUCAUAGCGACAAGUGGUCCACGUGGAGGUAGCAGCAUCUUCGAGAAAAAGAUUUUGAGUUUUUUUCCGACAAUAUAUCAAGAUACUUCUUCGAUUUGCGGAUUCGUUUGUUCCAGUUUAUCACAAUUUUUAGAUCAUGCAGUUAUUUGACUUGGAUUGGAUAAUAAGAUAUUCUCCUCGAAGAAGUACACUGAUAUUCUCGGUGAAAGAAGAAGAGAAUUGUUGCUGAAGGACAAGAUGACUACGAUAAGUGGGCUUCGAUGUACCGUACAAUGAGACAUCAUCAUAAGGAGCAGAUACAGACGAAGAAGGAGAAGAUGUCAAGUUCACCGUAGACUUUCCUCGACAGAUAACACAUCGAGUUAAACACUUGUAUAUUUCUAAGAAACGAAGAAUAGACAUUUAAGUCGUUGUUUUUUGUCAUCGACAAGCAACCGACACGACUACACGUUUUUUUUGUAUUUUUCCAAAAUAUUCUUACAAUUUGUAGACCUUAAAAAAAGGUCUUGCAAUAUUUUUCAUGAUGAAUGACACGUUGAAUACGUCUAGCAUCAUUAUCAAUUACACAGAAAUCUACAAUGAUAAUGAUACAAAUUGUGAGGCUGAUCUGCCGAUCGUUUCUCUACUAACUCAAAUUCUUUACACGUUUGUUUGCAUCAUUGGUUUACUAGGAAAUACUUUAGUUAUAUACGUUGUAUUACGUUUUUCAAAGAUGCAAACUGUGACGAACAUGUAUAUUGUAAACCUCGCGAUAGCAGAUGAGUGUUUCUUGAUAGGUAUACCUUUUCUUGUAACAACUAUGAGUACGAGAAGUUGGAUCUUUGGCAAAGUAAUGUGUAAAAUUUAUAUGACAACUACGAGUAUAAAUCAAUUUACUAGUAGUAUCUUCCUUUUCAUUAUGAGCGCUGAUCGUUAUAUAGCUGUUUGUCAUCCUAUAUCUUCUCCGAAAAUGCGUACACCUUGUAUAUCCAGAGUAGUAUCUUGCACUGCUUGGACUACAAGUGUAAUAUUUAUGAUACCAGUAUUUCUUUAUGCAAGCGUGAUGGAGGGACCUAAGAGUGUCUACAGCUGCAACAUCUAUUGGCCGGAUGAUCAUGGUGGUCAAACAGCUUUUACUCUGUAUACUUUUAUUCUUGGCUUUGCCAUUCCAUUGAUCCUCAUAUUGAUUUUUUAUUUUUUGGUAAUCAGGAAGCUUCAAACUGUAGGCCCGAAAAAUAAAUCUAAGGAAAAGAAACGUUCUCAUCGUAAAGUAACCAGAUUGGUAUUAACUGUUAUCACCGUUUACGUUUUCUGUUGGCUACCCUAUUGGCUGAUGCAAGUAGCUUUGAUUUAUACACCUCCGAAACAAUGUCAAUCAAGCAUCAGCAUUGCUAGCUUUCUAUUGGCUGGAUUUCUUAGCUAUAGCAACAGUGCUAUGAAUCCGAUACUCUACGCUUUUCUUAGUGACAACUUUAAAAAAAGCUUCUUGAAGGCUUGCACUUGUGCGGCAGGUAAAGAUGUAAACGCAACAUUACACAUUGAGAACAGUGUAUUUCCGCGAAGGAAUAAAGCAAACACUGAGAAGAUCCAAUCAAAUCGUCUUGUUGUUACUCCUGGACAAACAAAAUUUGAGUUAGAUGAUGAGGAUUGUGAAAGAGGUUUGUUAGUCAGUAAAACUUCAACUACUACGGUGACCAUGACGUCACGAUCUAACAUCGCGGUGACUAGUGAACAUAGUCGAGAUCUUGCUAAUAAAGAGAAGGAAGGAUUAAAGAACGGAGCACAGGUAACUUUGCUCACGCAAGUUUGAAUUAUUUUAUUCGACGAUGUUUAAAGUAAUCCGAAGGAAACCAUGAAAAAUCAAGUAUUUGUGUCUCUUCGAUGAUAAAAUUAUUGAUUUUCUAACAAACGAAAGUUCUUGGAUCGAAUCCAAAAUCCCGUGAAAGUUAUCGUUGGAGAUUAGUGACCGAUACGACGACCUCUAUAACUUUCAAUUUCCCGAAUACGAUCGUUCGUAAUAAAUCAUUAUGUUUUUGAAUGGAAAGAACGGAAAGAGGAAGAAUACUGAAGUCUUUUGCUGACGUAGAAACGAAGUUAUGGGACUGGGACAAUCGUACGUGUUGUCAUUAUCUUAAUGGUGAAACAUUGGAAAAUAAUGACUUAAUGGUUGAACAUCUCAGCUUUUAUCCAGGAAAAAGAUCCUUUUCUCUUUUCUCUCAUUCUCGCGUUCAAUGAAAUUGGCUACUACUAAGCUCACAGCGUGAAUGAUUUUAAGAGAAACUUUCCUUAAAGAAGAAUGCGAGAACAAAAACGAUAUGUCGCACUCGAGUGCAAGUUUAAUGGUGCUAGAUCGAGUUCCCUAGUUUCCUAUAGUGACUGUUCCUGUCAGACAAAAUAUAUAUGUAUAUAUUAUUAUUGUUACUAUCAUUAUCAUCAUUAUCAUCAUUAUUAUUAUAAUUAUUAUUAUUAUUAUUAUUAUUAUUAUUAUUAUUAUUAUUAUUAUUGCUGCAGAUUAUGCAGAUUCUUUGAAGAGUUUUUCAAAUUUAAUGGCGAUUAUAGUGUCGUGCUAAUUCGAAUAAUAUUUGUGUUUCUUAAAUGAUACUUUGUAAUUAAAGAAUUUAAGAAUUCGAACGAUACCAUUAUCUUCAUAGAUUUUAUAUAUUAAAGUGUCGCAAAAUAUAAUUCCAAUUUCGAAGAUAAGCUUUAAACACUGUAUAUUGUAUGUGUGUGUGUGUAAAUAAUUGAAAAUUCACUUAAUUAUGGUCGUAAUGACAACGAUAUUAAUUAUACUUUUAAGUGUAUUCAUAUCUUCUCAUUGUCUUUCAUAUAGAACAAUAUGAAGUAUAGAACAAUUUCAUAAUUAUUAUUUCCAUUUGGAAUUAGAAUUAACAAUGGGGCUUGGUUGUAUUCCAUCAUGCCAGAAAUAAAUGUCAAUGCUUCGCAGUUAAUAAAAUUUGUUGUUUUCGUUGAAAUAAACGAAAUUUCUCGUCUGAGGUAUUUGUCAAUACUUUUUCUUGAUAGAGAAACCGCAAACAAAACUAUUUCUCCUAAUGUCUAUGAUUACGUUGUGAAAUGAUUGUUCCUGUCAAAAGCCCUAUAUUUAUUCUCUAAUCAAGUUCGUCUUUGAUCUGGAAAGUUCCUCUAGUUCAAUCCAAUUUAUUUACGGUCGAAGAAGUUAUCCUCUUUUCAUACAGUCUGGCUGUAUGAACCGUCGUUUGAUUUACAUCAUUAGAAGUUAUGAUUCAUUCGUGUUAACAUGUAUUCAGAAACGUCCGAAACAGAGACACGACUGUUUUCUAUACAUAUAUGAUAUGUUAUAUUUGAAAAUAAUUUAAUUAGAAGAAUUGAAAAAAAUAUACAAAGUUGUGUGCGGGACUAAACAUUUUGAGCAUAUUAAUUCUAUUAUUCUUUUAUUAUACGUUUAAUAGAUUUUUAAAAUUUUUUAUUAAAAAUUAUCAUCUAUUUUGUUAAGCAGUAAUUGGACUGUUCAUUUUGAAAUUGGCGUAAGUCCAUUUUCUGUUGUUUCGAGAAAAUUUAAGGUUUGCAUAUUGGUUAAUUCAAUUAUAUUCAUUAAUUAU